AUGCAUCCAGCUCGACAAGCCUAUGUCGAGGAGACUGCGGACACCGAUAUGGGCAUCAACUAUGCCGAUCUCCCGGUCGACCAAGACUAUGACCUCCCCUCUUCCGCGGUGGGUAUUCCUACCGAGCGGGCAUCCGCCAUUUUGUCUCAAUUCGAACGUAAACGCCGAGCAGCAGCUAUGGUGGUUCCCACAGACGACACGAGAGUGCGCGCACGGCUACGAGAGUUCGGCGAGCCCAUUACGCUAUUUGGCGAGGGUCCUUCAGAUCGGCGGGACCGUUUACGUGAACUGUUGACUGACAUGGCGGAUAAGCAAGGCGAAGACAUUGAAAUGGAGGAAGCGCAGCCGGAGGAUGAAGUCGAACAACAAGAAGAAUUCUACACAGAGGGCAGCGACGCCUUGCUCGAAGCACGCAAGGAAAUAGCCCGUUAUUCUUUGCCCCGCGCAAAGUCUCGUGUUGCACGGCUUAAAGAUGAAUCGACAAUUCCACUUCGGACGCAUGUUAAACAUCGCAAAGCAGCCAAGGAGAAAUUGCAAGGAUUUGAACUGUAUGGGUCUCAGAUUGCGGGAGAUCGGCCAGUUAGCAUUUGUCGAUUCUCGCCAGAUGGCCAGACAAUUGCUGCUGGAAAUUGGAGUGGUGGUAUCAAGCUACUCACAGUACCUAACUUGGAAGAAAAGGCCAAUUUCAAGGGUCACACGGACCGUGUGGGUGGUUUGGCUUGGUUUCCCGGUGCCACGCUCCCCAGUUCCAAUGUCUCGCCAUCAACGGUCAAUUUGAUUUCGGGAGGCGGCGAGGGAGAUAUCAAUCUCUGGGCCCUUGAUCAAGACAAGCCGCUCGCCACACUAUCUGGUCACUCUGGACGUGUCUGCCGUACGGAGUUCCAUCCCUCGGGUCGAUAUGCAGCAUCGGCAUCGUUCGAUACCACAUGGCGACUGUGGGAUCUUGAAACGACACAAGAGCUGCUCCUCCAAGAGGGUCAUUCGCGAGAAGUCUAUGCAGUUUCAUUCAACAACGACGGCUCUCUUUUGGCCAGUGGUGGAUACGACAGCAACGGACGUAUCUGGGAUUUGCGAACAGGGCGCACAGUGAUGAUCCUCGAAGGCCACAUUCGCGAGAUUUACGGUUUAGACUGGGGCGUGGAUGGGUACCGGGUACUCUCUGGCUCUGGUGAUGGCUGGGUUAAAUGCUGGGACUUGCGCCAAGUGAGAUGUACUGGGGGAAUCGGUGCACACAAAAGUGUGGUGUCUGAUCUUCGCUGGUACAAGGGCGCAGAGUCAGUUUCAUUCUUGCCCUCUGUCGAUGGGAACAUGGACGUCGAUGGUGCCGCAUCAGUUAAUACACCAGAUGCGCCGGUCCAGCCGAAGAAAUCGGGUACAUUUUUCGUCAGCAGUGGCUUUGAUAAGAAUGUCAAUAUCUUCAGCGCGGAUGACUGGUCCCUAGUUAAGUCGCUGAGCGGUCACUCGGGCAAUGUCCUCAGUACGGAUAUCAGCGACGACACGAAGUGGAUUGCUAGUUGUGGCCAUGAUCGUACUGUGAAGCUCUGGGGAAUUGAAUGA